AUGACUCGAGUGAGGUGUGGCUUCGUCGUGCUGUGUUGUUGUUUGGCCUUGUCGACGACUUGGGCCGCUUCCAUCGAUGCCGAGCAACAUCAGGACAAAUCAAGGGACAAAAGGGAGGCGGGCGCCGUGGCUCACGCCGUCGCGAUCGCCCAAGGAGUGGACGGUCCAGUAGUGAGCCACGCCACGGCCACCGCCGAGGCUUCCUCUGAUGUGUCUCGCAACGUGCGCGAUCUCGACGACGAUUACGAGGACUACGAUCUGGAGGGUCGCCACCUGAGUCCCCACACCAAGCGCAAGCUCAAGCGCAAGCUCAAACGCAAGUUCAAUCACGGACUGCACGGACACGGGCACGGGCACGGCUUAGGGGGUCACGGCUUGGGUGGUCACGGACUCGGGGGUGGACACGCCCACGCUCAUGCCCACGCCCACGGUGGUGGUCUCGGACACGGUAUUGGUCACGGCCACGGUCUGGGACACAAGUGCAAAUUCGGCAACUGCGGCGGCUACGGAGGAUAUCAGCAGCCCUUGUAUGGCGGUGGCUUCGGCAGUGGCUCGGCGUCGGCCAGUGCUCAAGCUUCCGCUGGAUCUCGGCCUGGCUUGUACGGAGGUCAUGGAUUCGGCGGUGGAUACGGGAGUGGAUACGGCGGCGGCUUCGGUGGAGCGCACGCCAACGCCCAGGCUCAGUCCCAGACGGCCAACUGGAAUAUCGGCCCGCUGCACGGCUCGAUCGGCUACUCUCAAGCCCACGGCGGUGUCUUUUGA